AUGGACCCCUAUCUUCUGGCAUUCAUUGCAUUUAUUACUCCCAGCUACCAUGGACCCCUGUAUCUUCUGACAUUCCUAGCCUUUAUUACUCCCAGCUACCAUGAACCCCUAUCUUCUGGCAUUCAUUGCCUUUAUUACUCCCACCUACCAUGGACCCCCCUAUCUUUUGACAUUCAUUGCCUUUAUUACUCCCACCUACCAUGGACCCCCUAUCUUCUGAAAUUCAUUGCUUUUAUUACUUCCAGCUACCAUGGACCCCCCCUAUCUUUGACAUUCAUUUACUUUAUUACUCCCAGCUAUGAUGGACCCCUAUCUUCUGGCAUUCAUUGCCUUUAUUACACCCAGCUACCAUGGACCCCCUAUCUUUUGACAUUCAUUGCCUUUAUUACUCCCAGCUAUGAUGGACCCCUAUCUUCUGGCAUUCAUUGCCUUUAUUACUUCCAGCUACCAUGGACCCCUUAUCUUCUGACAUUCAUUGCCUUUAUUACUCCCAGCUAG